ACACCCGGCUGCAGGAUGGACGUCAUCUACCCUCUGGCGGUGCCCAAGGGGCGGCGGCUCUGCUGUGAGGUGUGCGAAGCCCCCGCCGAGCGGGUGUGCUCGGCCUGUACAGUCACGUACUACUGUAGUUUGUUGCACCAAAGAGCUGAUUGGGUCAGCAUCCAUGAGAAGAUAUGCCAGCUUCUGAUUCCACUGCGCACUACCAUGCCCUUCUUCAAUUCAGAAGAAGAGAGGCAGCAUGGCCUGCACCAGCUGCAGCAACGGCAGAAGCACUUGAUUGAAUUCUGCUAUACUGUGGCCCAGAAAUAUCUUUUUGAAGGCAAACAUGAAGAUGCUGUACCCGCUGCAUUACAUUCGCUUCGCUUCCGCAGGAAUGUGCAUGGCCUGAGUUCAGUAGAGCUCGUGCCUGCUUACCUGCUGUUGGCUGAGGCCAGCCUUGGUAUGGGCCGGAUUGUGCAGGCUGAAGAAUAUCUGUCUCAAGCCCAGUGGACAGUGCUCAAGUCAACUGACUGUAGCAAUGCCACCUACUCUUUACUGCAUCGGAACCUGGGACUUCUCUACAUAGCCAAGAAGAACAACGAGGAAGCCCGUUAUCAUCUGGCCAAUGAUAUUUAUUUUUCCAGCUGUGCUUUUGGAACAGAGGAUACCAGGACCUCAGGAGGUUACUUCCACCUGGCUAAUAUCUUCUAUGGACUUAGAAAGUUGGACCUGGCAGACACAUUGUACACAAAGGUUGCAGAUAUUUGGUAUAAUUAUGUGAACGAUCACUAUCAAACGCUCUUACAGAUUCGUGCUCAAAAACCAGAUUUAUUAGGCAAACGACUUGUGAAUGACACUGGCCUGGAUGAAGCCCAGGAUGCAGAAGCUAUCCGGAUCCUGACUUCAGUCUUAAACAUUCGGGAAUCUGCUUUCACUAAAUCUCCAAAAAAAAUCAUCUUGGUUCUGAAAACCCUAGCCAUGCUUUGCUACCUGAUGAUGAAGUCUUCAAAGGCAAAGGAAUAUGCCAUAAGAGCCCUCACACUAGCCCAAGAAAAUAACAAUGUUGUUGAGCAAAAAAUUAUUCAAGAAUUUCUAAAUGUCAUCUCAGCUGAAGAAGACCGUCCUGCUAAUUAAUAGAGACCUGUGAGCAUCAAGGGAUAUUAAGUGGCUAUCAAAGGUCUGAUAUGCUUCAGUCUUGUACACUGCUCUUAGGUACUCUGGAUUACUGACAUUCCCACCCUUUGCUCCAGCAAUUGUGUACAUGGCUGUGAUUUAAUUAGCAAAUGCGAGAGGGAAUAGAACUGUAGAUGCAGAUAUGAGUAAAACUUUUGUCGUGACCUUAUACUUGGUUUAUCAUGACUCUAUGUCUUCAAGUAAUGUAUAAUUGGAUCACUCAUUUGGUUCUUGUAAUUAAAGUGUUAGUAGUUUGUUGUAUUUCCUAGAAGCCUCUCAGUGAUGCAUGUUUUUUAGAACUUCACCAAGUAAGAGAAUAAGGACUAGAAUACAUUGGAGCAGAGUGAGAUAUUUGUUCAGCUAGAAUUAAUUCAGCAUUAAGCUAAGGUAGGUUGUUGUAAAAUACCUAUUAUAAUUCCUAGAUCAAUCACUAAGAAAAUAAAAAAUAGUUUAAAUUAACAUUAGACUAAAAUGGAAGGCUAGAGAAUGUCUACUUAAAGCAAAAGAAGACAGUACAGGAUGAACAGAAGAAUAAAAAGGACAUGGAACAUAUAGAAAACAAAUAGCAAAAUGUAGACAUGAACAAAACAAAAAAAUCCUUCUUUAUAUGCCAAGGGAGCCCUAGCAUGCAUUGCUGAGACAUCAUUCUAUGUUGAUGUCUGGGUAAAUUGAAGCAGAUGUGAGCUGACUAUAUUGCUUAAGGGAGAGAUGCAACAAGUGUCCAUAUGAUCAAAAUAUAGCUUUCUCUCUUGUACCAUAGUCAUUGGUCCCUUUCAAUUUUACCCCUUCCCUUAUCUAGUCUCUGUUUUCUCUAAUCUGAAGUCCUACUCAGUGGCCCUUCUGCACAGAGUAUAAUUAGAAAGUUUAUUAUUUACAUUAAAAUUAUUUUAUUGUUAUUAUUAACAUGUACAGAGGGGAUACAAUUUCUUA